AUGGAGAGAGAAGUGGCGCCUCAGAAGCGACACUAUUACCGCACAACAGUGCUGCACAUAAUCUCGUCUUUAUGUUCGGUGGCGUCCAUCGCCUUUUGCGUUCUCCUGAGCAUGAACGCAGCUGAUCUCAAGAGCCGGGUUGUGGAUUUGGAGAGUGGGAAUGGCGAGCACACCUUUGUCCGCGCCCCUGGCUACUCCAUGGAUGAUUUUAAUUCGCUGAUUGAUCAAAGAGUGGACGAGCUGCUCUCUCAGCGCUCCUAUGAAAAUUUUGUCAAGAUUCGGACCGCCAGACAAGCAUCACCUGAAUGCAACUGUCCCCCAGGACCUCCGGGAAAGCGAGGAAGAAGAGGCCGCAACGGAGAACCUGGACCUCCUGUAAGGCCUCAUCCUUCAGGCCCUCCUGGUCCGAAGGGUGAAAAGGGGGAUCAAGGCGACCAGGGACCACGGGGAUUGCCUGGUCUCCCUACGCUGGCUGCUUUGCACAGCAAUCAGAUCCUGACUGUCAAGGGAGAUCAAGGGCAAGCCGGACCACCUGGGCCUCCGGGGCCACCGGGCCCUCCUGGGCCGAGGGGGCCUCCAGGGGACACAGGGAAAGACGGGCCCAGGGGUGUACCUGGUCUACCAGGUGAUCCAGGGCAGCCUGGAGAAACAGGACCCAUGGGGCCUCAGGGGCCAGAGGGGCUGAAGGGUUCACUCGGACUUCCAGGCGUCCCAGGUGUUGACGGACUGAAGGGAGAUGUUGGCAUCCCAGGAUUGGACGGUAUCCCCGGAUCCAAGGGUGAUAUGGGCGAAGACGGACCGAAAGGUGAUAUGGGCGAGAAGGGAGAUGCAGGCUCCUCUGCAGCUGGCAUCAAGGGCGAACCUGGAGAGCCUGGACGAAGUGGGCAAAAGGGUGAGCCUGGAUUCCUCGGUCCCCAGGGAGAGCCGGGGCUUCCAGGACUCCCAGGAACUAAGGGUGAGAGAGGCGACCACGGGCCCCCAGGAAAGGGUGAAAGAGGAGAAAUGGGACCCAAUGGACCAAAGGGUUCACAAGGAGAGGCUGGCACACCUGGUCCUAAAGGGUCAAAGGGGGAGACUGGAGACAAAGGAGACUUGGGAUCGAUUGGCCCAAGGGGCCCCCCUGGGCAGAAAGGAGACCAAGGAGCCACUGAAAUCAUCGACUACAACGGAAACAUUCAGGAGGCUUUACAGAAGAUUACCACUAUUACAGUAACGGGUCCUCCUGGACCUCCUGGGCCAAUGGGACCGCAGGGUCUGAAGGGGGAUCGUGGUAUGCCUGGUCUCCCUGGACUCGAUGGUGAAAGAGGCUACAAAGGCUCCAAAGGAGACAUGGGAAUGCCCGGAGCUUCAGGGGACAAAGGGUCAACUGGCUUACCUGGCCUACCUGGUGUCAAUGGCCUAAAAGGGGACAAGGGAGAUUCAGGUCUACCUGGUCCUCAAGGUCCUUCAAUCAGCGGCCCUCCAGGACCACCAGGGCCCCAUGGACCCCCAGGGCCCAUGGGCCCCCAUGGCUUCCCCGGACCAAAGGGAGCCUCCGGCUUGGACGGCAAGCCCGGAAUUAGGGGCACGGAUGGGCCUCCGGGUCCGGCUGGUCCAGCUGGGCCAAAGGGUGACAUUGGUGAGAGGGGAGCACAGGGCGAGCCAGGACCAAGGGGACCUUAUGGACUGCCCGGGUUGCCAGGCUUAAGGGGAGAGAAAGGCGACGAUGGGGAAAGAGGAGAAAAGGGUUUCCGGGGAUUUAAGGGUGAAAAGGGGGAACCAGGGCAGCCAGGUCUGGACGGGCUGGAUGCCCCAUGCCAAUUGGGCCCAGAUGGAUUACCAAUGCCUGGAUGCUGGCAGAAGUCUGUGCAUGGCUCAGACUGGAGCGUCGCAGCCCGGCCAGAGGAGGAGGAGGAGGAGGAGGAGGGGGGAUCUGGACUGGCUCUCUAA